GUUUAGCGGCGGAUCUCGAGUACCGAGUAUUCGACGCGAAACUAGACGUGCUAAAGAUGGUGCGUCCAAGUGUUGUAUCGCAGUGCCUCGAUACUUUCGGCGGAUCAAGUUCUGCGCUGUACGACCGAUUUGUGGUACCCGUAAGAAUGGAUAGUAAGGACGGUUCUGUGCGGGGUGGCCCAGCGAGUGAGAUGGUCGCGAAGCUGGUACAGAGGCACGAAAAGAAACUGGAUGAGCUCGGCCACUCGAACCAGGCUUCUUCGUACGAUCCCGACGACAAGGAUGCGGGAGAAACCAGCGCUCCUUCGUCUAGCUCGUCCAAUGAAGUGGUUUUUACCUCGACUAAAGAUGCUGUUAAAGAAAUUUCUAAUAUUGGUAGCGUCGGAUUAGAAUCAAACCCGCAGGUGGCAGAGAAUGUACGUUACUGUCAACGUUUAGCAGAUUUCCUCAUGUACAGCGAUACGUUGCACAGCACUGACCAGACAUCGCAGCAGAUACCUGAGACAAACAGUGUCAUAGAUGAUGAAAUCGACUUGAUGUAACAAGAAGUUGUGCAUUUUUUUAGAUUGUUCUAAAAUGCCGUCAAGUGUCCUAC